AUGCAGGACCUUACAUCUACCUACUCGCUGACCUCCUCGAGCGGGCAGUACUCGGCCUCCUCCUCCCUGUCCGAGUCGGAGGGGCCGGACGAGGGCGACAUGGACUUCGGCGACCCGGUUCGGCGGAGCCUGCACGCCGGCUCGCCUCCUGCCACCGCCCGGCUGGCCGGCUCGGCCCUCGACUCCACGGUCUCCUGCUCGUCGGCCUCCUCCGACUCGGACUUCGACUCGGACUCCGAGUCGGCCACCACCUCCGCCGGAUAUAGCACCGACUCCAGCAGCCUCAAGGGGCCGAGUCCUGGCCCGCGUCGGCCGACGCGCCCCCGCGGCCCGGCCACCGCGUCGGCCAUGCUGCUGAGCACCGCUGCCUCGGACGACUCGGCCCUCAUGGCUUCGGCCGGGUCCAUGCCCUCCCCCCACGGCAGCGCCCUCUCCACCUCCAGCCACCUUUCUUCCUCGAUGGACUCGCUGACCGCGUCGGCCGACUCUUCUACCAUCCGGCUGGCGGACCCCUCGGCCACCACCAAGAACUCCACCAAGAAGUCCGGUCGCGCGCGUGGCAUGAGCUUCUUCAGCAGACGGCUGUUCACCGGGGCCCCGGCUGCGCCGGCGCUUUCCGAGCCGACCCCCACCGAGCCGGCCCUGGCAUCGCCCUUCGGCGACUCUGCCGAGGACCUGGGCUUCGUGACGCUCGCCGAUGCGGACGGCCAGUCGGCCACCGACCUGGCCUCCGAUCGCCGACCCAACAUGUCCCGAUCGGCCUCCCUGCCCCUGAACAGCUUGGUCAACAUCCUCCAGGAUCCCCACACCCAGCCCACGCCGACUGCCGAGUCCGACCUCGGUGCCGAGGAGACCAUGCCCUUGUCUGGGGCCGCGGCUUCGCAAGGCGCCGCGUCGGAGCCUCUCCCCGCCGGUGCCGGCACAGCCACCGGCACCGGAAGCCAGCGCUCUUCCGGACGAGGCUCCACCCUCCGGCGAACUUUCCGCCUUCGGCGUGCCUCACUCAAGAAUGGCCCCGCCCCGACGGAUGAUCCCCAUGCGUCCAACCUCCAGUCAGUCAGCAUGCUUGCCGCCACCGACACCCGGGAGUUCAUCAGCAUCGUCAGCUAUACCCCCGUGUCUGGGAUGUACACCUCCGGCAUCCAGGAGCCGGAGCACAUCAUUGAGACGAAGAUUUUCGAAGUCCGGUCACUCUCCACCGUGGCCAGCCUCUUUUACAAGCGCGAGCGGUCGUUUCGUGCCUCCUUUUGCCGGUCGCCUGACUAG